UUUGGUCAGGCUUCCCUGCGCUCAAAAUAUGAUCCUUUGCUUGGGUGAUUCCGCUGGAAUCUUUACAGCCAUUUGCAUAAACGUGAUCGUAUACAAUACGGACUUGAUUCCAGAAGUAUAGAUGUGGGAAGUACCACCUGAUGCUGGCAAUCAUUGUCUGACUAAAACUUUGAUCGCAGCCAGGCCCUAAAUACGUUCGUUUCCCAUAAAGAGCUCCUCCAGUUCUUGGAGUUUGCGCGCUCGUCAUGUCUUCCAUACUCUUGCAGAACGGUACCCUCAUUGUCUUUGAUAACCGUGACCAACCUCAACCAGUUCGGGCGGAUGUUUUGGUCAAAGGAAAUGUCAUUUUUCAAGUCGGACAAGAUCUCAAGCCUCUCGAUACAUCUACAACGGUCAUUGACUGUACGGACAAGAUCGUUACACCUGGUCUUAUUGACACUCACCACCAUAUGUGGCAAACUCAGCUGAAGGGUCGGUUCGCCGAUGCCACCUUGUUCGACUACUUCUAUAAAGGUUGGUGCCAGUGGGACUUUUACGCCGCUGAGGACAUCUUUUGGGGAGAGCUUGCUUCGUGCAUCGAAGCCUUAGAUAGCGGUACGACUACUGUUGUAGAUCAUGCCCAUUGCUCUCGCACACCGGACCAUGCCACUCAAGCAAUCUCUGCCACUGUGACCUCCGGUUUGCGAUCAUUCUUUUGUUACGCGUUUGUGCCAGAAAUCAAAUCGUGGUCUCCUCAAUUCGUACUGGGCAACUCUCCAGCAUGGGCAAAUGAGUUUCUCAAGACUUUAGCGCAGAAAAGUCCUUUUGGUCCCGGAGGACGCGUUCGAAUGGGUCUCGCAUUCGACCAAUUAUAUCUACCCAAAGACACCGUUCGAGAGAUCAUCGGCACGGCACGCCAACUAAACCUCUUUCCUCUCACUGCACAUGCGGCCGGUGGAGCAUUACAAGGCUUCCUCCAACCCAUCCAGCAGGCGCAUGAUUACGGCCUCCUCGGUCCGGACUGGAUUUUCAGUCACGGAGGAUGGAUCACUCACGCUGAGCUGGAACUGCUGAAACAGUCUGGAGCUACCAUCUCCGUAACUCCAGAAUCAGAGCUGCAGAUGGGACAUCCAAUGCCACCCAUCGAAUCGUCAGAUUAUCCUAGCUUGCGGGACUGCUGUUCUAUCGGCAUUGAUUGCUCAUGUUCGAACUCGGGCGAUAUAGUAACUCAGAUGCGUCUGAUGCUACAGUCGGGUCGAGGUAUCGUGGGUCGGCAAGUCAAGGAUAAAGGAAAGGUGGUAAAAGAGUUGAUCCUCAAAAUCGGCGAGGUGUAUGCCAUGGCCACUAUCCGUGCUGCAAGGUCUUUGAAGCUUAACGCAGGUCAAUUGAAGGAAGGCGCGCUAGCUGAUAUCGUCGUAUACGACACCCUUAGUCCGUCGAUGAUCGCAGGGGCUGCGGAGAAUCCUGUUGCAGCCAUCAUGUUGCAUUCGAGCGUUCGGGAUGUCAACACAGUCAUUGUGGAUGGCAUCAUUCGGAAAAGGCAUGGAAAGCUCCUGCCUAUCGAGCUUGACGCCGACGCAUCGGUGCAAGUGCAAGAAAAGGUCCUUGGUUGGAAUGAUGUUGCUCAGCAGGUGUUGAGGAGUCGACUCGAUAUAGAAGGCAGGAUGAAGGAUGUCGACUUUUCCGAACCUAUUGUCGCGCAAGGGAUCAAAGAUGCCUUCCAUCUAUCAGACGACGUGUUUAUGUAGAAAUUGCGAGAAUGUAUACUAGUUCUGGGUGCAGUGGACA